CGAACCAAUAACAACCGCUAACGUGAUUUCUCAGAUCGACGGGAAACAACCUCCGCCGCGAAUUUCACCUUCGCCGAUGGCAUCAUCUACUACUACUAGCGCCCCGACGAAGAUCUCAAUGUUCGGUGCCAAGUCCGGAUUCGUAAUCCCUAAAAACAAGUUAUCCGGAUCAUUGAUCCCGAUUUUUCAACGCGGCGGCGGCGGAGGCGCCGCCGGUAAGGAUAACGGAACGGUCACGAAGCUAGGGAAGAGGAAGAGUAAGUGGGGACCUGAUUUGACACAAGACGUUGCAGUCAAGAAGAGCAGAGUCUUGGCUUAUCAGAAACGUUUGGAUCAAAUUAGAGAGCAGUUGGAAUCAGGAACUCAUGAAGCUGAGAGUAAUGGAGAAACCAAAGGAGAUAUUGCUGAGCAUUUGGAGUUAGAGAAACGUGAAGCAAUUGGGGAGAUACUUGAGUUGAAUCCGAGGUUCAAGGCUCCACCUGACUAUAAGCCGUUGAUGAAAGAAGCUAGAUUGCCUAUUGAUGUCAAAGAACAUUCUGAUUUUAGCUUUCUAAGUCUCAUAUUUGGUUCCCAAGGUGAUACUCUAAAACAGCUCGAAAAAGAGACUGGAGCCAAAGUACAAGUUUUCGGUACUAAACCAGGAGGAGAGAAGGUUGAACUCUCUCCUUCAGAUGAAAAUGAGAUCCAGACGUCGUGGGAAGAGUUACAUUUUCAGAUAUCAUCUGAGACUUACGAAAAAGUGGAUGCAGCUAUUGCUGUAAUUGAGCUACUUAUCUCUUCAGUGUCUGAAAGUAAAAGAGCUGAGGCUGCUCCUCCAUCUUCUAAAUCUGAAGACGUUUCAACCGUUCCAGGCAACAUCAACGCGACAGCUACAGACCCAAACUCCGAACAGCCAACUGAAACCUCUGUACAACCACCACAAACCCAACUCGAAGAACCUGGUUCCUCUAUACCAUUGGCUUCACAUCAAGUUCCAUUUCAUCCACCUCUUAAUCCUUCUGCUGCAAGUCUUGGUAAUCAUAUUCCGGAUCAAGAACAGCCAACCAAUCCUCUUUUUGCUCAGCAACCAAUUCCAAUUCAUCAUAACACGUCACUACGUUCUGAUUUUCAAGUCCCUCGUCCACCAGAUUUGUUUUCCUUUAACCUUUCCAGCACACCAAGGCCGUACUCCGUGGUUCCCCCACAAGGAUCGUUAGUUCAACAACAGUCAGGUUUUUCGACUGCGCCUCCAUAUUCUGUCAGUCAGGCGCAAUCAACAGGACCACGAUCUACAAUGAGGCCGUCGACUCUAUCGACUUUCCAACCAGUACCUAGCAGUGGAUUUAGACCAACGCUGUUGCCAGACAUAAUCUCAAACAACAUGUCCCAGUCAGUACGGCAUCUGGCUCCUAACCUCAGUCUACAUCCGGGUACUGAAAUACCAUCAGGUCCCUUUCCCUCGAGUAUCAAUCUGAAGCACCUAACAGAAUAUGCUUCUGGUGGUUCUCUGCGUCCCAUGUCAAUGUCAGCACAUACUGCUGGCAGGCCUUCUGCUCCAAGGCCAUUUCACGGGGAUUUCGGUUUCCAUCCACAACCACUUAUAUCUCCUAGACCCAACUCUCAAUCAGUUCUUCUCCCUCCUAUAGUAUUUCGAGCCCCAUCCGUCAGUCCAGCCUCCCAACAUUUUGGGCAAAGCUUCACAAGAUCACAGCACUUUGGGAGGCAGAUGGAUCAACCCUUAAGCCACCUGCCUGGACCAUUUCAUGGUAACAUGAGGUCGUCCAACUUGCAGAAUUUUGGACCUCCAUUGCCCCAGGUGAUGCCUAGGAACUUCCCUGAAGCUCAAUUCCCGCAGCGUUCUGCUCAUUUCCCUCCAAGACCAGUGUUUCAUAAUGAUAACCUGAACCCAAGUGGCCAACCACAGAUUCGACACCGGUUCAACCCAGGUGUGCAUCAAGUAUAUGAUCCUUUUUCACCUAGUGACGCAUGAUGAGUUUAAGUGUUUUUUUUUGCAUUACUGAGGAAAACGAGAUAACAUUGGAUAUAAUUUUCCCAACAGAAGUUUCAAAGCAUUGGCUUUGUCUUUUCCUUGUAUAAAUGGUCGUCUUUUGUGAUUUUAAUGGUAAAAUUGAAAAUCGGCAGAGAAAAUUGCUUUGUGCUUAUUUUUUGUUGUUGUUGUUGUCUUAUGUGAUGAUAGCUUAGCAUAGUUAAAAUUGCCGAUGGCCUGAGGAAAUCAU